AAAGUUGGGGGGGGGGGGGGGGGUUGACAUUGGCCACAAAUGCCUGAGCCCAUUCUGGCAUUAUGCGUCAUACCAUACUGAGUGAACUGCAAGUCACUGUCUGCCGUUUUAAACAACCAGCAUUCGAUGUGACCAAGACAGACAAAAUUAAUGUGGUUGGAGACCACUAUGGCAAGGGUGGUGCCGAAAACUAUAAAUCUGGGGAUCCGGCCCAUGUCCAUUUCUCUUGCUGUGCCCUCUUCUUCCUGCUGCUCUGCCGGGACCAGAGGCUCCGGUCGUUUUGUUCACUCACUGUUCGCCUGGAGCUCACUGCUAAGGCUUCUCUCUAGUUCCCUUAGUACGGGUUGCAGUUGCACUGCCAGGAUUCUGGAUUCAAGAGGGCAGUGAGGACAAAUAUAAAAAUGUAUUCGUGCACUACUGAGUCUCUGCUAAAUUAGUUAAAUGUGAAUGUGAAUAAUUAUGUCAGCACAGAGGGCCAAGCUGGAAGAAAUCCACAGUGGCUGGAAUAAAGGGUCGGUCAGAGUGACCAAGAAGCAGCUGGUCCUGUACUGUCUGCUCAUAUCUCUGCUUCUAUACCUCUUAAGAGGGAGGAGAACAGCAGUCAGGGUGGACACGCCCCCUCUUCAUCUGUUUCUGGCCACAGGAAGUGAGGUCAGGGAUGCGUUGGAAGGGAGUGUGGAACAGCAACAGCACCUCCCCCUGGAGACGUCCUGGGGUGCUCCGCUGGUGUGGGGUGACUCCGAGAGCUCGGCGCGGCGGAGAGCUGCGUUCAUCCACCGGCGCGUACGCACGGGCCUAAUGACGCUUGCCGUGGGGCCCUAUGCCCACUUCCUGCAUCGGUUCCUCUCGUCGGCUGAACUCUACUUCCUGCCCGGCAACACAGUGAUAUACUACAUCCUAACAGACAGCCCUCGCGCCCUGGAUCCCCCGCCCGCGCUGGGUCCCGGGAGAGAGCUCCGGGUGGUCCCUGUAGCGGAGGCGCAUGGCUGGGAUCGUCUAUCCCACCGCCGCAUGGCCCUUCUGGCGGCGGCCAUUAAAGAGCACGCCCGGCCGGAGGUGGCGUACAUCUACUGCAUGGACGUGGACCAGGAGCUGGUGGCCACCGUCGGACAUGAGAUCCUGGGCAAGCUGGUCGCCACUCUGCACCCGGAGCUCUAUGGCAAGCCGCGCAACGCUUUUCCGUACGAGCGCGAGGCCUCCUCGCUGGCCGGCGUGAUGGAGGACGAGGGGGACUACUACUACACGUCGGAGCUGUACGGGGGCCUGUGCGCGGAGGUGCACGCCAUGGCCCUGGCCUGUGCCCAGCUCAUCCUCCAGGACCAGGAGAAGGGCGUGAGGGCCCGGGGCCUGGAGGAGAGCUACCUCAACCGCUACCUGAUUAACCACAGGCCCACGUGCGUCCUAUCGCCCGAGUACAGCUGGUGGGACUCAGCAUUGAGCGCCAAUGUGCCCACGCAGAGGGUGGUGUCCCUGGGUCGGCGGUGUGACGCCUUGGAGCCGCAGAAGAGGCAGGGCCAGGGUUGCUGAGGAGAGGAAGAGUACCUGUAACAUCAGGCAAAAAAAGAGUGUUGCAUUUGACGUAACAAGUGUUAUUUGAACAAACAUGCGACAUGUACACAUUCACAAAACUACUUUACAGCAACACAACAAACAUGCGAUCUGUACACAUUCACAAAACCACUUUACAGCAACACAACAAACAUACAACAUGUACACAUUCACAAAACCACUUUACGGCAACACAACAAACAUACAACAUGUACAC